AUGUUCUCCUCGGCGCACCGCCGUGCUUGCCUGAAGAAGCAGAAGGAGCGCGACGAGCGCAUCGCCAGCCUCCCGCCCGAGUACCGCGCGCCGAUCACCCUCGACGAGGAGCGCCUCCUCUCCCGCCCCGCCGCCGAGCUCAUCGCCGCCGUCCAGGCCGGCGCCCUCGCGCCCCCGACCGUCCUCCUCGCCUACGGCAAGAAGGCGCUCAAGGCGCACGCCGCCACCAACUGCCUCACCGAGUGCAACACGCAGGGCCCGCUCGCGGGGAUGCCCGUGAGCGUGAAGGACACGGUCGCGGUCGCGGGCGAGGACGCGUGCAUCGGGUACUCGGCGUGGGUCGGGCGCCCGGCGGCGGCGGACGCGGCGGUCGUCCGCCUCCUCCGCGACGCGGGCGCGGUCGUGUUCGUGAAGACGAACGUGCCGACCACGCUGCUCUCGCUCGAGAGCGCGAACGACGCCGCGCUCUUGGCCUACGGCGGCUCGAGGUUGGGGAUCGGGACGGACGUGGCUGGGUCGGUGCGUGCGCCUGCGCACUACUCUGGCGUGUACGCCAUCAAGUCAUCCAUGCACCGUUUCCUCAAGACCGGCAAUCCGACGAGCAUGCCGGGCCAGGAGGGCAUUCCGGCCACCUACUCGCCCAUGGCGCGGACGCUUGAAGAUCUGGAGACUUUCUGGCGCGGCAUAUUCGCCAUGAAGCCUUGGGAAUAUGAUCAUUCGGUUCUACCGAUACCAUGGCGCGAGGUUGACUUGGCGUCCGGGAAACCUAUUAGGUGGGCUGUGCUCUGGGAUGAUGGCGUCGUGGCGCCAUCGCCCGCAUGCAAACGUGCGCUAGAGACCGUCGUCUCUGAACUCAAGGCGCGUGGCCACGACGUGGUCGACCUAGAGGCACCGAGCGCGUUCGAAGGCCUCGAGAUCGGCGCGCAGCUCCUCCUCGCCGACGCCGCCAAGGUCUCCACGCAGCCGCUCCGCCGCGGGGAGACGAACGACCCGGGCGUCGCGCAGGCGCGGCGCAUGUUCGCGGCGCCGCGCGCGUACAAGCGCGCGUACGCGUGGUACCUCCGCGCGGUCGCGCGCGACCCGCUCUACGCCGCGCUCGUCGGCGCCUGGUCGGAGAAGACGGUGCCGGAGUACCUCGCGCUCGGGUGCGGGUACACGUUUCUGUGGAACGUCCUGGACUACACCGCGGGCGUGAUGCCGGUGACGCACGUCGACCGGGAGCGGGACGGGCUGGACGCGACGGCGUUCAAGGCGCGGAACGCGAUCGAGCGCGGGAUGUACGGGAUGUACGACGCCGGGCGGAUGCACGGCCUCCCGGUGGGCGUGCAGGUCGUCGGGCGGCGGCUGGAGGAAGAGAAGGUGCUCGCGGGUAUGAAGCUUGUCGAGGGCGUGCUCCGGGAGGCGGGCAAGGCGUACGUGCUGCUGGAGACGAAGGAUUGA